CAUUUUGCAAAGCGAUUGAUGUGGGAAAAGAAGUCUGGAGAGAACGCGUCAAGAACUCUCCCGGGCCCACAGCCUUGUGAACGCCAAGACCUUCCACAGCUCUUCACUCCAUCCCUCAUGUCUGAGAAAAACAUCACCACAAAACCCAUCCUAAGAUCCCACCGCUCCCUCCUCCUCCUCCCACUCCUCCUCACAACCCUCCUCUGUGCACUCCUCCUCCUCACGCGUCCAUUUGCCCUCCCAUCCACCCUCUCCCCCGCCAACCCCCACACCGUCAUGUCCACCCCCAACAACAACGACGCCUCCACGCCCGAUAUCUCAACCUACGCCGCAGAAUACCAAUCCCUCCGCACUCGCAAAGGCCAUUUCGGCGGCGGCGAACACGAUGUUGAUGUCGACAAGUUUAACGGCAGGAAACACGUCACGAUGAAACAUCUAGCGGAGACCUUGGGUGUGAAGGGAACGCCGGCGGUGAAGGUGUUGGAGGCAAUGGGUGCGCCGGAUGAGAUUGUGCCAAAGAGUGGGGGUGGGAAUAUUCAGGCGGAGAGUGUGGGGCCUUUGGAUGGUGAGGGUUUGGCAACCGGGAUGCCUGGCCCGGUUUUGGGGGGUGGUGAGGCGGGUGCGGUGGCUGCGGCUGGGGCGGGUGAGACGUAUUAUCUUGUUUAUUAUUGGAGGGGACGUCAUGACUAUGUUUGGUUCCUUGUCGGCGCCAAACAUGAGACUGUCGAAGGAUACGGGUGGUAUGCGGCCGGCGACUGAGUCUUCACGCACCUUUCUCGGAGAGCCCCGACAGUCCUCUGAAGUUUUAGUACGAGUACGAGACUUCCUUUCAAUAUGUACAUAGGUUUUCAUUCCCAACAAAAUAUCGAAAUUUGUGCCGUUCCUUUGAUGUGACCGCGGCGAGGAGCUUUGAAGCGCGGGAUGAGUGACCUGUGCACAUGUGACGCCUGAAAGCGAAGUACAGCACCAUCCAACAACC